AUUUUUUGUAAGAUAUUUAUAUUCGCCAGUCCGUUAAUAAACGUUCGACUGCUAAGCUGUGUUUUUGUUCCUUGCCGUGUGCCGAUAUAAAACAGUGACGACGAGGCCAUUUUUUUUGAAAUAUACCAUAUAUAUUCAAAAAGUAACCUACGUGUGUGUGUCUGUGUAUCUGUGUUUUGUUAUACAUACAAAAAAACAAUGUCGGUUGGAAAAAUUUCGGAGUUCGAUGUGCAUAAAGACGAUUGGCGGUUGUAUAUCGAACGUUUGGAACAAUAUUUCAUCGUAAAUAAUGUGAAGAGUGAACAUCAAGUGCCUACAUUGAUUACGGUGAUGGGUGCGGAAGCCUAUGAACUAUUGGUUAAUUUAUGCACACCGGAGCGACCCAAGACAAAGACAUUCCAACAAAUCACCGCCAUAUUGGAAGGUCAUUUGCAACCGAAACCUAGUGAACUAGCCGAGAGAUACAAAUUUAGGCACAGAACGCAAAAUAGUGGCGAAACCAUAGCGGAAUAUAUUACCGUUUUAAAACGUAUGUCAAAAACGUGCGAAUUUGGCAACUGGCUGGAGGAAAGCCUGCGGGAUCAGUUGGUAUGUGGCAUAAUUAGUGACACUAUACGGCAACGGCUGUUUGCGGAGAGUAAACUGGAUUUUAAGCGGGCAUACAGUUUAGCAGUGAGUAUGGAGACGGCCGAGAAGGAUGCGGCUAUUGUGCAAGGGCACGGAAGGUCACCGGCCGAACCGAUGAUGACGGUGCCAUGUCAAGCGAUAGCGGGGGAGCGGUGGCGACGGAAGGGUGCGGCGGGCGAUGCAGUGCGGGGCGGGAGCGGAGCGGCGCGGGAGGCCGGGCCGCUCGCCGCGCGGCGGGAGCGCGCGCGCACGGAGCCGGCGCCGCCGCCGCCGCAAGCGCGGACCGGGCGGUUCGAGCAGCGGCCCCGAUCGUGCCGUGCAUGCGGGGGCGCACAUGAUUCGGUGACUUGCAAGUUCAUGCGAUAUGUGUGCCGCGUAUGCAAUCAAAUAGGGCACCUACGUCGUAUGUGUCCAAAUAUUACGAACUAUGUCAGUACGGGAGUAUCGAACAUCAGUGGAGAUACGGACAGCGUCGACAGUGACGAGUUCCAGAUAUUGUAAAGUGUUCGCGGACGGCCUUGGGCGUUUCACGGGUGCGCCUGUGAGCAUCCACGUACG